AUGACUUCAACAUUUAUUGCAUCACUUGAUUUUGCUAAAAAAGAAAUAGUUAUUUAUUUUGUUAUUCCCAUGUUUAUCAUGAGUAUUAUUGGUGGAUGUCUUAAUCUUAUUGUUUUUCUCAGCCUGAAAACAUUUCGACAAAGUUCAUGUGCAUUUUAUUUAACUAUUAAAUCAGCUUAUGACCUUAGUCGAACCAUCGGAAAUAUGUUGCCUUAUAUCAUGCGUUGGGGAUUUCAAACAGAUUGGGGAUUACCAUCAUUGUUCUUUUGUAAAAUAAGAAAUAGCAUGUCUACUGUAUUCCAAUCAAGUUCAAUGACAUGUUUAUGCUUAGCUGUUAUUGAUCAAUAUUUUGCUACUUGUUCUCAUGUUCAUUGGCACAAAUACUGUAAUAUUAAAUUAGCUCGCCGUCUUACUGCAAUAUUUACCAUUAUUUGGAUUUUACAGGGAAUUCCAUAUGUUGUCUUUUAUAAUCAUAUUAGUUCACCUUCAACAAAUACAACUGCAUGUGAAAUCACGGGACAAAGACAAAACGUACUAGGCAUCCCGAACACCUGGUAA